AUGUCCGUCGCUGACGAGCAACCUACGACGACAGUGGAGAAAUAUCGUUCUCUCGAUACUUCCACGAACGAGAUCCGCCUACUCUCCUUCGAGACUACUACGAAAGAUACCCCAGUACGGCUCAAUCUACAAUACGUCACCCUGAACGAUUGGAGACCCGAAUAUGUCACCUUUCGCGACCAGAAUACAUCGCAAGAGAGCUCACGGCUCUCCGAAGCCUGGAGCGAACACGUCAAAUUCACCCUUGACAUGCCCCAUCGUGAGCUGUACAACAUUAUCUCGAGGUUUACUUGGGGUGACUAUAUCUGCUUGAGCUACACAUGGGGUGAUUGCGAUGGGGACCAGGCUACGAUAUUUUUGGACGGCGUCGCAACAGCCGUGAGCAAGCAUCUGGAAGCAGCUCUGCGAGCCCUGAAAUCAAGCGUCGAGUGCGAGCUUGGCAUGAGAGUCUGGGUCGACGCUCUUUGCAUCAAUCAAGCCGAUCUCGAUGACCGAAACGAACAUGUCCUACGCGUGAAGGAUAUAUUUGGCCAGGCUUUCUCUGUUACUUCUUGGGUCAAUGAAAGCGGAGAUUACCGUGGUUUUCACGAACCUGGAGAGAGUAUUCUUCUCUGCGACAAAGUAAUGAACCUAUUUGGUCGGCAGACUCUGGAAGAGCUUCUUGGAAUGAGAGAUCGUGACUGGGGAACGAACGAGACAGAAGACGAACAGAUCAUGGCAGUCGUGAGGGAUAUCGAUGUCUUGAUAUUUGACCAAUUUCACUGGACAGAUUCCGACGAUGACGAUGAUUAUGGGCUUGCUAGAUUGCAUUUAUCAGAUUCAGUCUGUGUGGAGCUGACGAUGUUGUUCCGGAAAAAAUAUUGGUCGCGAUUGUGGAUUAUCCAGGAGCUGGCAGUUAGUCCUAUGGCAUCGAAGGUGCAUUGGGGAGACUCGACCUUUGAUAUAUCUACUCUGCAAGCUUUGUGCGAGAUUUUGUCUCCUGUGAUCAUGUCUGGAGAGGCCUGGAAAGAAAUGAAGCCUAGUGUGGACCUCUUGGCAUUCAUAACUACAUGGAGGAAAUUGGAGGCGACACCGGGGGUUGCAGAGCGCUUCAGUGAUGACAUUGUCCGGGAGCUGAAUCUGCUUGCCCAACGAGUCAGCUGUUCACUUCCACAGGACACUGUCUAUGCUAUACUGGGAUUAUUCCCAUCGUCCAUAUCAAGCUCUGUGGUGAUCGACUACAGCCGAGAGGCUACAGAGAUCCUCGCAGAAUUUUCUUCUAUGGUCCCGGAAUGGAACUGUACUUAG